AGACAAUUGCCAUACUGUAAACCUACUAUAUUUGAUUGCACUGUAGGUGAUUGUCUGGAACAUAUACUGUAGGCUAGUGUGUGUGGGUACAGUGCCCCGCUGUUCUGCACAGAGAACUAUGUGGUGAAUCAAUCCAUUGAUCCAUCCAACAACCCCGUGACUUGCUCCAUACGCACUCGGGCUCUAGAUUGCCGAUGGACUCCCUGAGCUCGCUCUCACAAGGACCAUCGAGGCUCUUUCCCAGAUCUAUGCUCCGCUCCUCCUGGCUGGAUGAUCACCCACUUCGAUAUCGUCGUAAUGUCCGCCUCAGAAUAUGGAGCGACUUGAAGUUGAAUGUCUCACCGCAGAGAUGGUCCAAGGGCGAAAAACCGUCCGUUCAUCCACUUUCUUCCUUUUCAUCAAUAUUCUCGGGUUCUGGGCCGUCAAGAAUUCAUUCGGGAUAUUCUGGGUCCUCAGUCGAAGCUACCAAUUGAUUGAUCGGCUGCUUUACGCACCUUGCCUCAUUGCAGAUCCAUGCAGAGGGGAAAGAUUCCGGCCCUGCGAGCUUCAGUCUACAGAAGCUGAUUGAAUGCUCAUACUCUUCAUUCCACUUCCACCCACUUUCUCCGCCUCACGGACCUGUGGAUCCACAUGAUCAGAUUUCUCAGGUUGACUGCUUCGAAAACCAGCGAGAGGAUUUAGUAGUCAAUUCCAUCUUGUUCGGCAUUAUUCUGCGAUGAGUAACGACUCUUCCGACAGGCUGGGAUGCACAGCCUGAUAAUGACGCACUUCUCCUUGCAUGGAAGCAACCCACGAUAUGCUUCGGUUUCCCAGACGAGUUUUUAAAUCAGCCUCGCGAUGAUAUGCCGCCAUGUCCCUGGCCCCCGUGUGCAUUUUUGAUGGAGCGGUGUCCCGAAAUCCGUAUGCUGUUUCUGGAUACGUAUGCUCUGCGCAACAGCGGACGAUGAGGUCAAACUUCUCACGACGAACGGUGCAGUGAUCGAUGACUGCCUGAUUAUGGAGGCGGGGAACUGAAAUUCGAAAAUGCCAAACUCCAAUGCACAGCUGGUUGGAGGACGACAGUGGGUGUCCGGUAAGCGGCGUCAAGUGGAGAAACCGAGCGUGGGGUCGAGUGUUCUCGCCGCAUUGAUCCUCUUAUUAAGCGAUGCCCUUGAAGGUGAACGGGACCAUAGCAUAUGCAAAUCCAUUGUUCCAACACUUCCCGUACGACAUGGGAUAUAUAUUCUGCUUCCUAAUGGGCUUGAAGGAGUUUGAGAUGGUCCAUUCCGCACGCGCCGCUACCCCAUUCUCCGCCGACCAACCGGUAUUUGCGGGUAAGUCCGCAGCCACUGACGCCACAAAUCGGCGCAAGAGCGGACGGAGCCGCUGAAAUAGCGCCCUCUGUCCCUGGUUGGUGGUCCAGCCCGGCCAGAAAAUCGCCAGGAAUAGCAAAUGACAAAGACAUGUGUUUUUCGUCGCCGUCGACUUCCAUUGCCGCCGCGUCGGAAGGUGCCGGCGGUCGGGUCGUGGAGACCCAGCGAUACAUCAUGGGUGGCGGCGUGUAGAUAUCCUCCGCCACCGCGAACAUGGGAUCUUCCCCGCCCUCGGCCUCUCCGUCCGAGUUAAGCAUGGGCGUCGCGGCCUCGACGGGGGUCGGCAGCGCGGUCCCCAUUGCAGGACCUCGUUUGCCUCGGGGCCGAGCUGACUUUUUGAGAAGACGGUUUAUAGUUUCAGCCUUCGGGGUAGUUAGUCCCCGCUCAGCUGUGGAGCUAGAUUUAAGCGCUAGCCUUUUCGUCCUGGAGCUUCUUCUCUGUAACAUUGCGUCGCUUUCGAGCGGACUCCUCUUUGCGGAGUGCGAUCUCAGUUGCGUCGAGAACGGUCUUGCGCUUGUUUUGAGACGAUGGAUCGAUUUGAUCCUCCUCCCCGUCUUCUUCUGCGAGGCGCAGUCAAUGUCAAUCACACUUCGAGCGUCAUCAGGCGCUUGUACUGACCAGCGCCUGAUGAUUGAGAACUGCCACCAUUGUGACGGGCCCUGGCGAGCGCGGCUUGGCGUUUCGUGAGACGUGAGUUUUGGAGUGUUUCCUCUUCUGAUUCCGACGUCUCGGAUUCAGAUUGGACUUGUGUCAGGGCUGUGGUUCGAAAAAUGAGGAUCUCCGGUGCCAGGGCUCAUGCGCGAACACAGGACCUCGUAGACGUUUCGCUCUGGCUAGCGCAGGGGGCGGCCGCACCUUGAACUUGAUCUUGAGGGGAGAUCUAACCGGGGUGACGGAGAUCUGAGAUAAGACCGUGGGCAUGAGUCGGGGAGAGCCAAAGCAUGUCUGAUGGAGAUCUGACCGACGGUGAUCGGGACUGCUGUAACUCAUCAUCCUCCUCAUCUUCCAGCUCGUAUUCCUCGGGCUCGUCCACCUCGGGCUCGCCGCUGUCGGGGUCCUCCUCCUCGCGUUCUUCGUCGUCACCAGACUGGGACGUGCUCGCUGCCUCGGGCAGGACAUCGACUUCGACCUGUUCUUGGUCGUCUCCGUCCUCUGGCUCACGGGCUUUGACGAGGCGAGCACUCGCAGAAGAGGCAUUAGCGAUGCGGGCGCUGGAUCUGGUCGUACGCGAGCUCUGCAUGGGGGAGGAGUCGCCUGACGGGGAUGACAGUACGGAUGAGAGUGUGGGUUGCCGUUGUUGUUAUGUAUAUAUGCCGCCGAGUCACACGGCCUCCCACAUCCCACCGCGCGGGUUAACUCCGUGUGCCAACGUACAGAAUCGCGAAGAAGCUCUCCGAACACUUCAUUAUCGUCCCCGUCCGGUUCCGGCUUCUUCGGUCGCCCGAUGCUCCGCGGAGACGGGAUGGUGGAAGACUAGCGCAUCAGCUCGCAUUCUCGUGGCAAUUUUGGUAUCCCCUUGCCAGCCAGCUAGCAGUGUGUGCACCGGGCAGGAGCGGAAUUUGGAACACGGUGAUGCUUGAUGCGGCUGUGUGCGUGCGAGCUGUCAUAUCAGAUCCAGAAGACCAGAUGUCCUCGUGACUUCUCCACGUUCGGAUUUACCGAUGCUAACAGCUCGUUGACAGACAUUCCCCGCGCAGACUAGAAAAGUCCAAUCGAAUGAGGAUUUGAACUCGGAAUCGGUGAAUAAAGGAAUGUUGAGUUGAUCACAUCCUGUAAUCUAAUCUGAUUAAAAUUUCAUCGAUUUGAUUGACA